GACCUUGCACGCACGAAAUUAUUUCGAGAGAAUGAGACACCCGCAUUUGUUCCUCGAUGGCUCGGAGGGGCAACUACAGUGAUGGGGAAGGGGGCUUUCUAUGGUUCUUCACCUAUGCCAGCUCGAGGAAGGCAUAUGAUUGGUUUUCGGAUCCGCCGACGCCAGCAGGAGGGUCGGGGAGUAGGUGCGCCAUUAGGUGGAUGCUACUACGUGGGUCUUACUCACGGACAUCCACCUGUUUCAAACAUGACAAGUCUCAUCAGUCGGGACGAUGUCUAUGUAUUACAAGACACAGAUGAUCAAGAUCAAGUGCCACAUCUUCUUUUGCGUCGUCAUUGUAUUCCUAGAAGUAGUCAGCGCCGAAUAUAUGGAAAUGAUGAAAUUGUGUGGUUGGAGCUAAAUGCCGACGUGGGAGAGAUUACAUAUUAUCGGGAUAAGAUGGUGCUCAUUGGAUUGGCUUUUGCCAAUAUUUCACGUGUGGACGAUUUAUAUCCAUUUGUUUUCCAUUUCAAUGAAGACGCAAGUUGUGAGUUGAUUCAGGCCCCUACUCCAAUUGAAGACAACUGUGAAUUGUUUUUGAGUGGUUUACGUCGCAGUGUAGCCAUUCAUACGUUACAACAGCUUCAUGUUGUUCCAUAUUUUGGAGACGUGGUCUCUCAGUGGAUUCACCGAUUUUUGUCGCGAUCCCAUCAAGAUAUUGACAAUAGUUUUCUUGCAUUGGCAGUACUAGGUGGAGAGAAGAGCUGUGAAUUUUGUCUGCAUGAAACACAUGGAGCCGUUGUGGUAGACUCUAUUUUUGAUGUAGCUUCAAAGGCUAUUGUAUACCUUGAAGCCGAUGGGGAUAUGCGAGUGUUUUCCACUGAUCUCCUUGAUAUCAAACCUUCCUUUGUGAAGCCGCCCCUUUUUUCACUUUUAGAAACUGAGAGUUUGCGAUGUUGUGGUUGGCUUCUUGCAGAGCUUUCUCGGAUUCUGUUCGAGGCGUCGAUGAUUGUGCCUUUGAUGAAGUAUGAGGAAGAAAAACGUGGAGAAAUUGAAAGCCAGUUUUUUGAAGUGACCCGUGAGGCCAUGAACUUGGACUUUGUGAGAGGUCUUAAUAAUCUUCUUCAAGAGAAUAUGGAUACAAUAGCAAUGGAUCUUAAUUCCACGGACAUGCCCCUAUCAUUACUUCAAUCGACAUCGAGCUCAUUCAUUAUGGUGGAUGGUCGACAACCUGUAUCAGGGACACCUGUAACGAUCGAUCAACGAUUGUCAACCAGUUCUCUUUAUACUCCUAAUCCUUCUAUUGGUGUAACCUCUGGGAGUGGAUAUUCGGUGAUUCGAGGUAAUGUGCUCCUUGAAAGCUUCUUUACUUUUACAGUAAGCCUUACCACAAAGGCAAGCAACGAUACCCUUUUGUAUGUGGGAGUUUCAUCAGAGACGGAGCUUUUCACGGACCCUCAAAAGGUGGCCCAUUGUAAGAAAACGUGGGCAUUAUGUAGCCAUGAUGCUGAAGAAUCAAACAGUAUUAAUUGUUCUGUGGAACCUGGAAUGAUAUUCAGUUCUGGAUAUAUUUUGUUUGGUUCAGGGGAUCUGAUUAUUUUGCAAGUUGAUCGUCGAGAAGGAACGGCAUCGUUUUCUCGUAUUCGAAGUGGGAAAUGUGUGGAUUUUGGCGUUUUGUUCGAGAGAAUUCCUGAAAGGGAGAAGUUAAGACCAUUCGUACUGGCCGGUUCAGACACAGUUGUGGUAUUCUCAUUUUUGAAUUCUCGGGUCUUUCCUGCGAGGAACAUUUUUCCUCUUGGUAUGAUUGCGGCGUGGGAAAAUCAUUCCUCUUGGGUGCAUUGUACAUCCUGUGAGAUGGAGCUAUCAAAGUUUUGGUACGAAAGCGAGGGAGGCAUGUAUUUGUGUCAAGAAUGUUUUAACAGCUGGCGAUUCCCCAAAAUUAUGUUUCAUCUUUUUCAGGUGGAGGAACCUCUCCUAGACUACCUUGUCUCGAGACAUAGUCCCAAAGAAUUGAUUGUUGGUGAUGUUGUUGAAUUUGUGGAAAACACCGUACUUACUUGGCUGGACGAUAAAGGCGUCAAUGUAAAUAUAGAGGGGGGUAUCUGCAUGGCGAGCGAUGACUUGGCCUUUGCAACGCUAGAACCUUUGAAUACGUUUAGUAAUCAACGUAUUGAUAUUUCACUUGGUCAUGUUGCUGGUGUAGACGGUUUUCCGUUUGGAGGUUUGCAACCGUACAGUGUGCAAUGGCGAGUGGGGAAUAUCUUGAAAUCAAGCCGUCGAGUGGAGAGUGAUAUGCUUCUGGUAAGUUCAACCGUGAUACCACACGGCACACGGGUCGUAAUUGAGUUAAAUUUUGGUGCUAGUGAGGAAGGUCGAUCGUUGAACAAAGCGGGUUUAUUUCUGGGUGUGACAAAGCUUGCAAGUGAUUAUAGAGCUAUCAAUAUGAGUGAGCUUGAGCGCUUAAUUGCAGACCACAAUAUAUGGGGCACGUGGUGUGAUGCCAAGGCGAAACUUUCAUCUUCAACUACGUUAUAUCUUCUCGUGGACACCAACAGAGUUUCUGUUUUGGUGAGUUCCUCUCUUUCGGGUCUUCAUAUGCAUCCUGUUGUGGUAUCAUGUAAUGGCCUUGCCGAGGAGGAAACAACUCUCCGCUUUGCCAUUUAUUCACGUGAUUUGUGUGUUGUUACUUCCAUGAGUGGAUUUUUGUCUGCAAAUAAUAGUGUUGUGGAACCGAGUAUUUCACCUUUGGCUGUUGGUUUUAUUCAAAAGGGCGCCAUUGGACCGGAGACAGAUAUCAUGAAUUCCUCAUUUUUUCUUUUUGAUAGUGUUGCCCAAACUCUGGCACACUCGGGCACCUUUUGGCAACUCAUGCCAAUUGUGACUGAAGAAGGCUCUGGGGUGCUUUUUGCCAUUGGCGACACUCUUACGAUUACACUGGAUCAAAGUAUGUUGGCUGUUUACCGAAAUGGAUUGCCCCUGGCCAUGUGCAAAGUGAAGAAACACCAGAAUUUUAAACCUGAACAACUCGUAGUUUACUUUUCAACGCGUGGGAUGUUUGCAACAAUUGUUCCUCCGCUUUAUGGGAAGUCUCAUUUGGGAAGAGUUGUGCGAACUUACGGCAAUGACGUUGGUGUUGUGGAAUGCCUGUGUCCAUGUCCGGGAAGGAGACAAUAUGCUGUGCGGGCUAAAGAUGUUCGCUUUUGUGCUCUUGCUGCAGAUUCCACACGACUGAAGGUUGACGCUCGAGUGGCUUUUAAGGCAGGGAGUCUUAAUGUACCAAAAAGAGGCACAGUGGUAUCGAUUGAAAAUAAUUCAGCCAAUGUACGCGAUGAUGAAGAAAAACGCAUUUGGUUUUCUUUACAGUUAUCUUCUUUAUAUCUUGUGGAUAAUGAGGGACCUCAUCAGGUCCCACAAGGAUUGUAUUCUCUCCCCACCUUGCCGACAAGCACGGUUUUGCGUGUAUUUGAAGUAGGCAAAACGAAGUAUCGACCUCAACGCAACGGUUCUUACAAUGGCAUUAUGUUUGACCUUUUGGCACACGAUACAAUAGUGCUAACUGGUUUAUCUGUCAUGACGCAUACAACUGGAAGACAUCGGGUGGAAGUCUUUUUCAAGAAGGGGUCGCAUCAUAUGCAUGAACGUGAAGCGACAGCGUGGACCAAAGUUUUUUCCAACUUUGUAGAAAUGCGCUCUGAACAUCAGUUUUCAGUCAAAUUUUCUGGGAUACAUAUUGAAUCGAAUGCAACCUUUGCUCUCUACAUUAAUGCUACUCACAAUUGUGGGGUUGGACAUUACUCCAAAGAAGAUGGCUGCUCAGGGGCUAUUUCCAGUAAAAUGGAUUCUGAUGGUAUUCUUACAGUUUUUGUGGGACGCACGAGUGAAAGUAGCUCACCAUUUUUGGAGACGGUUUCCACCCCACGGGGAUUUUGUGGAUCCAUCAUGUAUAUGCAGACGAAAGAUACGAGGCCACCGCUUAUAGAGAGAACUUCAUCUUCAUUGGGAUGCCUUCAGAAUAAAAAUGAGAGAUAUGGUGAUGCUAUUUUCCUUCGAAGUAUUCCUGUAUCGACUCGUGUGGUUUCAAAUGCGGAAUUUUUUCUCGAAGUCUUUGAGGGCUCCAUUUUGAUUCAGAAGGUUACUUUCCCUAUUCUUAUUGGUGCUGGAGUCAGGCAUGCUAUGGGUUCCACACAUCUUUCUUUGUCUCUGUUUUAUUCCUCGUUGGAUGGUAUUUCUGGUGUGAAAAACGCGGAGCGAGAAUGGAUUUGGGCUUAUAACGCUAUGCUGCCUCUUCGAAACGACAUUUGUGAAUUCUGCAUGGAUGGAUUAUCACUAUUAUUGAAGAGAGGAAAGUAUUUAUUUGUGGCCAUUUGUUCAAAGUUGAAGGGGGUCUUGGAGGAUGGAAAAGGCGUCAAACUUUCAUGUUUUAUACAAUCCAGUGAUGAGAGCUAUGUAGUGAAGAAUAGCUUUUACGGUGUGCAGGGAUUUGCGGGUGACAUUGUUGCCACCACAACAAGUAACAUCAUGACAUGCAAUGAGAUUUGUUCCAUUUUUACUGGUGGACGUCUGAACCAAAACAAUUCUGCAUCAUACAAUGGAAUCAUGUUUGAUGUUCGCAGUAAGAGGGAUGUUCUGUUGGAAGAAGUCUUUUGUGUUGCUCAGACAACAACGGACAAUGUAAAUGUAAGAGUCUUUUGGAAGGAGGGUAGUAUGGAAGGCGCCGAAAAAACAGCAAGCCAAUGGCAAGAAGUCAUCUCUAAAGAUCUUCAUCUCUCAGACAAGCAGUCCUUUUCUCCUGGACUUCUCAAUUUACAUCUUCGAGCGAAUCAAAUGUACGCACUUUACAUCAAUACCACCUCAAGUUGUGGCGUUCGCUUUUACAAUAGCAGUGAUGGCCAUUUGGGGGAGGUCGGGGAUGAGUUUGAGGAUGAUGGGAUGCUGACAAUUUUUGUGGGUAAAAAAAGUGAAUCGCCGUUACCUUUUGCUGAAAUUCCGGCGGAGCCUCGGGCACUUCGAGGGCGCAUCACUUACCGUGCUUUUAUGGAGAAGGUUUUUUUGGCUCCUAACCAGGCUGUUUUUCCUGCAUUGAAGGGUUUGUUGGUGACACGCAUUUUGGCGGCGUUGAUUGCGUAUGUUGGUGGUGCCUCGUUUGCCGCCACAAUUUUUGAGGAUAAAAGUGUCAUUGACCUCUUAGCAAAAAUCGCUACUUCGAGUACAACUGCGUUUUGUGACGCAGAGGCUGCGGGAAAUCUGCUGAGUAGUAUGAUGAGGGGAAACUUUGUUGAGGAAUUGCGUGACGGCAUGGUCACGCUACCCCUGUUUACGAAGAAACCCACAACUUUCAAUGUCUUUGGGAAGGGUGACCUUGCACUUGUGGCGAAUGCCACUGAAACGGAUUUGUCAGGACAAAUGGUUCGAAUCGUUGAUGAUCCAAACGAGAAUUGGCAUGUAUUGGCGAGGUGUGAGGCAAUUCCCAACCAUCAUGUGACUCUUUCUGUAGAUCAUUUAAUCCCUAUCAUCAUCUGCCCGGAUUGCAAUCUACCUUUUUCGAGUGAGGGGAUUUGUCAAAAAACUGGAAAAGGACACGUGCCUUUCUUGCGCGAAGAGGAUCAACUUAUUAGUAUCUUUACAAGGUAUAUAUUUCAUCAAAGUCGCUUGAGUUUGGUUGCUAGUGCGGUAUGUGCGAGGUCCCUUUUGCUUGAUCCCACAACUCAUACGUUUUGCAUUGAUCCAAAAACUCAUGCGACAAGAAUUGAAAACUGCAUUGAUAUGUCUUGUUGUGAUCGUUGCAACUUGGAGUACACAAUAUCACCAGAAGUCUUGCUUGAGGGGACAGAGGAACUAAAGUCACCUGGAUUUGUUUGCCCUUUUAGAUAUCAUGACACUAUGGGGGCAUUUGUGUCCAUUUCUUUUUCACGUAUCUCCGACUCUUGGAAAAUUAUGUUUCUUUCAGAUCUCCCGCUCCGCGUUGAAAAAGAUACCCCGUUAAAGGUUUUUGCUGUAUCAUUGGAGGUUAUACUUCGAGAUGGGACUCGACAGGAUUUGUUGUCAUCACCCCAGAUGUACUAUGCCGUUAAAGGAGGACCUAUUCAUUGCGAAUUGCCAACAUUGGCUUCUUCUUUACACCACCUAUGCAUUUUCAGCGAUGACCGCAUUCAUUUGUGUUUGGUUGUGAAGAAAAUGAAUUUGCCCUCCUCGAUCCCUUUGACUCUGAAAUCCGUGGACGGAUGGAUGUGGGAGGGUGGUCGUGAUACGGCUCAACUGCAACCAAACAAGAGGUGUAUCUUUCAAGGAUCGUUUGAUUUUGAAAAGUGGCCAAGAGAGAAGCCCCGAUUCUGGCAAUUUUCGGUGACGUCUGAAACAAAUGAGAAGAUUUUUUUUCUCGAGGUUCAUGUUAUUGUGCCCAAGUCUAUGACUACCGUUUUUUUGGACAAAAUCCAAAAUCAUGUUAUUCGUUGCAGUUUCAGCCUUUCCCGGAAUGAAGUGCUUAGCCUCGCGUUUACUGUAGAUGGCGAUUUUCUGAUUUACGACGAGGAUGACAACAUACGAUGUCAUGUUGCUUCAGACGAUCUUCGGUUGUCCUCAGCAAGAGGUUUACCGCCAAAGAUAGCUGUCAUGAAUGUGGGGGCGAAUCCGGUGAUUGUUCAUCUUCACCCACCAAGUGCCGCAAAAAAUGCCCGAUCUGUCACGUGCUUCAAUGAUGAUGCAACAGAUCCUGGAUCCUACUUACCAGAGUGGGUUUUAUACGAGCCUCACAAUGUCAGUGUUUCCAGAAAUGGUCUCACGGCCAGAUGUUGCAAUGAGGGUGGUCAAGCAGUUAUCGGAUCACCUCUUUCAAUGACUGGAUUGUCUGCAUUUGUCAUUCAGAUGGAUCGUUCCGACCGCACACGAGGGGACUCACUGGGAUCUGGGCAUUUUGCUGGUAUUGUAGUUUCCACUUUUCAGGAACUGGCACCUCACUUUGGAGCAAUGUGUAAACACGUUGACAGUGUGUGGGCAGUGCAAGAUGUGUAUGAUGCCGACUCUUUACCCACACAAGAAACUAUUCCUCCUCUUGGGGCUUCUACCAAUCAAAUGUUUUUGGUUGGAACACAUUUGCACUUUCUUUUGGACCGGGAAGAUGGUACCCUCUCAUUGGCAAGGGACAAUGAAUCACCGAGAGUUGUCUUCCGCAAUAUACCUUCCAAUUUGCCUUUAUCGCCAUUUGUUCGAUUAGACCACGCUACGGCAUCGGCCACACUUGCCGCUUUUUCUUGUAAAGCAUGGGGCAAUGGAGGGAUUUUAACUUCACCGUCUAUGAUACUAAGUUCCCAACCAAUCACACCCACGAUUCUUCGUCGGCUCCCGUACCAUGUGGUAUUUUCUAUGUUUUCCGUGUUUCGUCAUGUUGUUAAUUAUUUACCUUCUCAACAAGUGACACUCGUUGAAAAAGCUUGGAGUGAUCGUUUUAAUUGUUCACGGUUUGCUUACCGUUUAACGUGUGCGGUUCAAAUACUAGUGGAGUUGGGUGCUUUUUCAAGGUGCAUGGCUUAUGCAGAGGAAGAGGAGGCGGAACGUUUUUGUUCUAGGGACGAAGUUCAAAAUGUCAUCCACACUCUAUCGGAGUCAGAGAAAAGGGCUGCUGUUGUGUAUUCCGACGGAAAUGGAGAGGAUAAUAUCUCUCUGCUUUUGCCGGAAGGAUAUGAGAUAAUUGGAUAUAUGAAGGAUGAUUCCAUGAUACGACUGCUGUAUUUUGACGGGGAUGGUCCGAGUGAACGAACGCUUCAUCUUUUUCGCUUUGACGAUAGCGAAAUAUGUAUCAACUCCUGUAACCUGGUUACCAAGCAUGUGUGUGUGAUGCACCAAGAAGACAUUAUCCCAUCUCUAGGAGAUUCUUCUUGGUGUGGUAUUAUUACAUCUGGAUGGUUUGACUGUACUUUGGAUUCGGUUUCUGUCGAUAUACUUAAUGAGCAUCAACAGAGAGUUAUUGCGAUGUCGAUCCUUGGUGCCCUGGAACACUGGCAUUUGCACAGUUUACCUCACGGAAAUGUGAAUUUCAAAAAUGUGUACCUUCGAAUAAUUGGAGAGACUGUCGUUGCAUGUACCCUGUGGAAUGUCCACUGCUUGCUUCGACAUCAUACUUGUGCAUCGCCUGGACUUCGAAUUCAUGGAAAACGGGAUAUGGAAGGUGAUAGAUGGAGUUGCGCAUAUAUUCUCAAUAGGCUUUCGUCUCUAUUAAAAGCAGAUGUUAAAUUUGGCAACGCAGUGAAACUUUUGAUGAAUGAAAAUUUAAAAAUUUCGGAUGCUAUUGACCAAACGGAGAUUUUUGCAGAGGAGUUAAGGAAGACUGCGGAUGGACAAGUUUUUUGCCUUCGAACGGGAGACCAUCUAGGAGUGGGAGCGGGCUCAUAUAACGGCAUCAUGUUUGAUUUGGUUGCCAAACACGUCAAGGUAAAAGUGACGAGAGUGAGUUUUGUUCCCGAUACGACGACUUUGGCUCGAGUGACGCUUUUUGUUCGUGACGGAACAUUUAUGGGAGUAGAGAGCGAAAGAACGGAAUGGCGACUUAUUAUGGAUCAAGAAAUGAAGCUGGUUGACAAGCGGGAGACUGAGUUAACUGAAUUUGAUCCCGUUAUUAUUCCGGCAGGUGAGCGUGUGGCCCUAUUCCUACAUACGACAAGUGGUAGCGGUGUUCUUUUUUACUCCGAGACGGAUGGUGUGAGGGCAAAUAUGGCAGCCGUGGAAGAAGAAAAUGAUCACAUAGGUAUCACGGUUGGGAAGAAAUCGGAGAACGUGAUGCCUUUUGUUGGUAUUCAGAAUCAGAAACGGUUGCUGAAGGGUAGCAUUACCUACACAUUACCCUCGCAGGCUGGGGGAUAUAGGAGUCGGCUGAGGAUACUUUCCCACGACAAUUCAACUUGCUUGCAACAGAAACAACAAAAUUUGUUGGGUAUUCCUGUGAUUGUGGCUGAAACUCGACCCGGAUUGAUAUUCGAUAUGAAUGAAGACGAUUAUCUUGUCUUCAUGGGUGAACAUUGUGAAUGGUUUCAUAAGGAUCUCAUAAGAAAUGCCUGCUUUACGGAAUCGUCGAAUUUAGAAGAACUGGAUUUGACCCUUCAGAAGAUUCUCUGCAAAAGACGCAAGCCUCCAUGGGGGAUAUCGCAUCAAUAUUUGUGCUAUCGCCAACUUGUUUUUCACAAAAGGAUCCAGUCGAAUACUGAGACUGACCCAUCGCGUCCGUCUGUUGUCUGGUGGAUUUCUGAUCCCAUUACGAGUUCCUGCAUUGUAUCAGUGUGGCAAGUUAUCGCAAUGGCAGAUACUUCAUUUUUGUUGUUGUUGACAUCACAAGAUUUGUCUUUAUCUCAAUCUUCUAAUCAGGAAACUCUCUUGAGUCAGGGACAGGCCUUCUUCUACAUUGAUGAAUGGGCACGAAGUGUGAUUUUAUCAGGCAACACUGGGCCCAAAGUGGUGAAACAAUUACAGAACAGCCUGUCUGAAAAUCAUCUUUAUUUGGCGUUUUCUUCUAUGGAUCUAGAAGCCAUGAAUGCUCCUGUGGCAGCUUUUCUUAAUCGGUUCACUGAGGAUAUUACUGUCAGGUCCGCAAGCGAUACAACUGCCCUGGUUUCUAUUCGUCCAGGUGCAUGUCUUCAGGAACAUAUUUUUUUGAACGGCAUAGUGUUGAAAUGUUCUGCCGAAGGUGGGAAAACAACAACGCUUUCAAGGGCAACUUCUCUUACUUCUCAGAGGGAUGUUCGUGUGACUCAAAUGCCAUGUUUGCACAUACCGAAUGAAAAUUCUGGCAAUUUUGGGUCCACGCUGACAGAAACAGGGGUGGUGGAACAGAGCCAUCCAUCCCAUUUUUUUUUGGAAAUGGAAUUGCGAGAACUUUGCAUUAGCCAUGAUGUCAUACUGCACACCCAAUCAGAAUUUCUAGAUGUAUCCUGUCGCUGCGUUCGACAAAUUGCACAUGGUGGCUCUUUUCUUUGCACUGUUACCAAGCCCGUUUUUUGUGGAGAAAAAGUUCACGAAAUAGAGCUUCUUAUUGUGAGCACAAAUCGUCACUCGGUUCAACUAAGCUUUCAGGAUGUAACUACGAAUUGGUUUCUCCGAGUUCCUUUGCCUCUUUUUAAGCAUUAUGAAAAUUUUUAUUUUUCUUCUUCAGAGACUGUUCAGUGCAUUCAUUUGCGUCUUUGUGUUUUUCCGCAGGCAAAACGGGCUUUUGUGUCGGUGAAUGGUGGAAUGUUUUAUGAGGUCAUUCCUGGUUAUGAUUGUCCUUCAGAGUUUCGGUUGGCUAUUUCUCUAUCAGGUAUUGCUUCUUCAGUGCGGUUCUUGCAUUGGCGAGUAUUUGAUAGGCAUUCACCAGUCAUUACGCGGGAGAUGCUGGAGACAAUAUGGAGUCGUUUAAGAGUGGGAUGUAUCUCUCCAAAUGUUUCUCAAUCUGUAGGAGUUUUGACACGCCAUUCACGAACACCUGCGAAUUUGGUUUCUUCACGUAAGACAGAUGUGGGUCUUGUGUCUCAGAUAGAGGCCGCCAUGGUAUCUUAUGCUCGGCAACUUCUUGGAACCGUUAUUUUGAGUUUAAAAUCUCCAUGCUUACACAAAGGACUACAUAUAUUGUUACCAUUUACUCCAUUGCGUAGUGAUUUGAAUGCUUUGGAAGUUCUUGUUGGGGCAGAAAUGAAAAGAUCAUCCUUUUCUUUGCUUGCGUUUGCCUAUGCAUGCCUUGCAACCCCAACAGUGGCUCAGAGCUUGGAAGGAGUGGAGACAAGUGUCAAUAUUAUUUUUCUCUCUUUAAGCAAUGAAAAGGUUUUACCGUUUCUUUCUACUGCAUUUGGUCCAACGUUAACAUUGUUGCUCCUUCGUACCGCCACUGUUUAUACUCGAUCGAUCAGGCACAUGGCUCUUCGUUGUGUUCUUCAAUUACUCAAAACUGACCAAUGUGCUUUGCCCUCUCAUGAGGCUUUAUGUGCAUCUUUUGAUCCUCUAUUGGGAAUGAUGAAUGGACUAUGUUGGAAAGGCAGAACCUCAUCUGUUGUUGUGCAGCUUGGUAUUUCACUAAUCUGCGAGUUGAUACGACGUUAUCAAUUAGAACGUUCAGCAUUAACACCUCCUGGAAAGAAGUCCACUGUCCCCUAUGCAAUAGCUGCCUCCACAAAAAUUGUACUUGCCGCUAUUACAAGUAAUCCUCCAGUUCCAUUACCUGAUGCCUUUACAGAGGAACCUAAAGAGGCACAUCGUAUAGAAUACGAAUUGCGUACAAGUACCACAUCUAAUGAGGGGAUAAGAUCUUGUUACGGUGUGUUUUCUGAAAAAUUUCGCUCUACCUUUGGAUCAAAACGAUUUGAAGUGGUUUUAAACCCUUCACGAAAGGGAAACGUGGUUGUUGGGUGGGAUAUGAAUGCGGCGUUACCCGGAUCUCUUGUUUCCAAGCCAUCCCAAGGAGACGAAAUGUCCCGAAGAAUCCGGUUGCCAUCUUGCGGGUAUUUUAUUGAUUCUAGCGGCAAAGUGUAUGUCUGCCUCAGUCAUAAAAAGGAGUCUCAGCCACUGAAGGCCAGAGCGAAAGGGGGAGACACCGUCAGUGUGAAGUGCCUGUAUCAUGAACAGACCGUUAUUAUAACUCUUCAACGCGGUGUGCGUAACGAAAGUGUAACCCGAUUUGAAACGUACCCCAAUGAAAUGUUGGCUCUUCCGGUGUUUUUUGCGGAGAGAGAAGAGGAUGCGACUUUUAAUGGAGAACAUCUCUCGGACGUUUCCACAGGCAUGGACAUUGCUCAACUUUACAAUACAAUACAAGAAUUUCCGGAUCGUCUUGACACGGCGGUUGUUCCUCAGGGAUACGAUUUUUAUGCAGAGUUGGCUCAUUUUUGUCAAACGGUUAUGAAUUCUGAAAAAAUCUGUGCUUUGUUGGAAAACGACGCAGGUACUACGGUUCGUUCACACGAUUUGGCAAGUUUUCCACUUUUGUCAUCUUUUCUUGGGGUCGGUGCGUUUACUAACGAGAUUCCAUUGGAUCCUUUGAUUCCGUAUAUGAGACGACUCCAGGUCUUUGACGUAAUAACUUCAGUCUUUUCUGCUGUAGUGGACCUCCGGCGAAAAACGGAGUUAUUUGAGCUGUGGAAAAAACUCAAAUUUCUCUGUUCUGCAGAGUCUUCUGAAAAAAUUCAGAAUGAGACGAUGCGCCCUUUCCGAAAUCGUCCAGGGCUCAAGGCGAAUGUGAUUAUCCAUACAAUGCAAGCACGCCCCUCGAUGCGUCUUGGGCCUUAUCCGACUCUUAUGCGUUCCGUCUUUGGACAGCUAUUUGUGCAGCUUCAGAAAAGCCCCAUUUCUACCUUUUAUGCAUCACCUAUGUUUGCUGUGAAGCUUGCAGGAUUUGGUUCUACAGAUGCUGGUGGACCAUAUCGUGAUAUUCUCUCACAACUAGCCACGGAAAUUAUGACCACACACCCUAAUGGUACAUUUCAGUUAAAUCCUCUUUUUGCUCAGUGUGGUCGUGGGGGGCAGUCUGCGGUGAUGCCUAACGUGUCUAUGGCUCUGAAUUCUCAGUCGUCUUUCAUGUUUGAAUUCUUUGGGAAGUUAAUUGCAUCGUGUUUUUUGACAAAAGAUCUUCUAGCGGUGGAGUUUCCACCGUUAUUUUGGAAGUGUUUACUCUCUGAUGAAACUACAAGCCAAGAUCUUCUUGCGAUUGAUCCUGAUAUAAUGCGUCAACUGACACCAGAGGACCUCAUGGAUCGUACAGCAGAUGAACUUGAAGAGAGAUUUCCGGGCAUUUUUGAAAGUUGGUCGACUUUUGUGACGGAAAAUUCUCAAAUGAACCUGGGAGCUGAGAUUCCACCCUCAACGAUACGGUCUGCCAAGAUACUUGGAGAACAUAUUUCUACACUUGAACUUCAUAAAUACGAUGUUGCAAUAAGUUACAUCCAGCGGGGCUUUGACGAGGUGGUUCCAUUAUACACACUUAAUGCUUUUCGUUGGCAGCAGGUUGAAUUAAUAAUAUGUGGAGCUCCGAAAUUAUCGUACGAUGCAUUACGUGAAGUUUGUCAAGUAAGUUUACCUGCAAAUGAUGCACGGAUGUUUUUGGACGUUAUUGCAUCCAUGACGGAUGAAGAUCGAAUGCUGCUUUUGCGAUUUACAACGGGCCAAACACGCCUACCACUGAAGGAAGCCAUUAAAGUUCAACGGAAUGGAGCACAUGACUCUCUCCCAACCAGUAGCACUUGUUUUUUUACGCUUCGUUUGCCUUCUUAUUCUUCUUAUGAAUCUAUGCGUGAGAAGAUUCUUUAUGCCAUUCGACAGUGCAAAGCGAUUGACACGGAUGGGCAGGCAAGGGAACAUAUUGUUUUAGACCAUUGA